AUGAACACCACACAACAGCAUGGAUUGACUCAAGGCUACCACAACAGGAGCCAAAUCUCAGGCACUUUGCCACUUGACAAAGACUUAACAGCUGAGAAGGAUUCAUCAGCAGGAUGCUACGAACAGCUGUUGAUUUCAACAGAGGUUUUCCUCACCUUGGGCAUUGUCAGCCUGCUGGAGAACAUCCUGGUUGUGGCUGCCAUUAUCAAAAACAAGAACCUUCACUCACCUAUGUACUUUUUUAUCUGUAGCCUUGCUGUGGCUGACAUGCUUGUUAGUGUCUCCAACGCCUCUGAGACUAUUGUUAUUGCGCUCAUUAAUGGAGGCAAACUGACCAUCCCCGUCACGUUGAUUAAAAACAUGGACAAUGUGUUUGACUCCAUGAUCUGCAGCUCUUUGUUAGCAUCUAUCUGUAGUCUGUUGGCCAUUGCCGUUGACCGCUACAUCACCAUCUUCUACGCGCUGCGAUACCAUAACAUUGUCACCCUGCGAAGAGCGACGUUGGUAAUCAGUAGUAUCUGGACGUGCUGCAUCGUGUCCGGCAUUCUGUUUAUCAUCUACUCAGAAAGCACCACAGUACUCAUCUGCCUUAUCACCAUGUUCUUCACCAUGCUGGUGCUCAUGGCAUCUCUUUAUGUCCACAUGUUCCUGCUGGCGCGCUUGCACAUGAAGCGGAUUGCCGCGUUGCCAGGCAACGCGCCUAUCCACCAGCGAGCCAAUAUGAAGGGAGCCAUCACCCUCACUAUCCUCCUUGGGGUGUUUGUUGUGUGCUGGGCGCCUUUUUUUCUCCACCUCAUCCUCAUGAUCAGCUGCCCCAGGAACCCCUACUGUACCUGCUUCAUGUCUCACUUCAACAUGUACCUCAUCCUCAUCAUGUGCAACUCCGUCAUUGACCCCAUCAUCUACGCCUUUCGUAGCCAGGAGAUGAGAAGAACCUUCAAAGAGAUUUUUUGCUGCUCUCGUGCCCUGUUGUGUGUGUGA